GAGGAGGGAUUCUGGGCCAUUGUUGACCUCAGUUGCUAUAGGAAACACUGACAAUAGAAAGCAAGUUGCCUUAGGAAAAUAAACACCACACAGCCAUUCGGAGCGUGCGUCCCAGUGAGAGGGACUGAGGCACAAAGCAACAUUACACUACUCACUUGUGGAUUCUGACAGUGGUCUUCAAAGUCUAAAGUGGCAAAAACACUAGCAAUGGCCUCCGGGGACUUGCAGACAGAGGAACCAAAUACUGAGGCCCAAGAAUCAACCAAGUCCCAUGGUACCACGAAGAAGAAAAAGAAGGCAAAAAUAAAAGACUCUGUAGAAAACUCUGUUGCUGCAGGUGGUGAAGAAAAUGAUUCAGGACAGGUAAAGGCAGAGAUCGAGCAUCUUACUAAAGCAGGGCAUAGGGCUCUGCUCUCUAGUGACUUCCAGGUGGCACUGUCUUGCUUCAAAAGGGCAUUUCUGGUUUCUUUGGGCACUCAGCUAAAAACAGUCCAGAGGGCCUGUGCUUUUAAUCUUGGUGCUGCCUAUGUCGAAACUGGGAAGCCAGAAAAAGGCUUGGAAUUUCUACUCAAAUCCCAGCCAAAAGAUGGAGAAGGAGAAGAACGUAUAGGAGAUCUUCAUUUCAACUUGGGCACAGCUUAUGAGGGCCUGAAGGAUUUUCCAAAAGCAUUGGAGCAUUUUCGGAAAGCUGCCAAUCUCUACAAACCAACUCAGCUUGGGAACGAGGGAGACACACACAUGAAGAUGGGAUAUUGCUACCUUAGCAUGAAGGACACUGCCCGGGCAGCUCAGUGCUUCCAGGAGGCUGGGUACUCUUACAUGGAGGCCCAGAGGCUGGACAUGGCAGCAGUAGCUCUUAAUGAUGCUGCUAACUACAUGCUACAGAGCCAGAGUUAUGACUCAAGCCACAUACUACAAGUUCUCAAUGAAGCACGCCUAUUGUGUGAACAUGUUCCAAAGAAGGACUUGUUAGCCAAACUUCACAAUGACAUUGGUUUAAGUUAUGCUCAACUGAAGGUCUUUCCCAUGGCCGUGGAAUGCUUCCAUCAGGCUCUUCCCUUCUGCCAAGACAAUGGAGCAGACACAAGAAAAGAAGCUGUGGUACUGCAGAACUUGGGAGCAGCCUAUAACACACAGGAACAGUUUGAAACAGGCUUAGACUACCACAAGAAGGCAGCAUCGCUACACAGUAUUCUGGGUAACCGCAGAGCCCAGGGCCAGUGCUUUGGAAACCUGGCUUACGCUCUAAGCCAACUUGAGGACCAUGAAGCUGCAGGCGAGAAUUAUCUUCAUGCCCUACAAGCCUUCAAGGAUUCAGAUGAUGUCCAUGGGCAGUGGCAGGCGUGUGAGGGUCUCGGAGCAGCCAAAUUCCGCCUUGGAGACGCUGAGAAGGCCAUUCAGUAUUACAAGCAGGCUCUGUCUUUACUCUCCAAAGCCAAGGAACAUUCUGACACUGCUCAGGAGCGGAUAGUGAAUAAACUGACAGACGCCCUUCAGUACAAGCUCACUGUGAACAGCCGCCUGUCCCAUGGUGGUGGGUUAAACGCAGCAGCCCCUCUUAAGUCCUUCGGAAAGCUGCAAAGUACAGGACUAGUACGAUUCUCUUCAGGGCCUGGUAGUGAAAAUUUAAACCUACCUGAUGCGUUCCCAACAGGACUCCGACGUGUUCAGGAACAAUUUGUAAUAAAGGCUCCUCCCAUGGAACAUUUUGAUGACCCUGAACUUGGUGAUGAAGCUGAAGAACCUGAAGCGACAGAAGAAGAGGAAGAAGAAGAAGAAGAGGAAGAAGAGGACAACAGCAAUGAAGAAGAAAAGAAGGAGGACAACAACAGGGCAUUGAAAACCACUGGCAAGCAAACAGAAAAACCUAAUUCAAAGACAGAGGAGGAAGAGGAGGAGGAUGAUUCAGGCAGUCUAACAUUGGUAACAAACCAAUAUUCAGAGGAUUGUGAAGAACCAGAUUCUGCUGGCAUCUCCCACUAUGCAAAUUACCCACAGGCCAACAGCAAUCUGAAUAAUACUUACCUGCGGCCUGAUCUGUUCUACCAGAACAACAACCACAAUGAGACAUUACAGGACACUCAGAAAAGUAACCACGACUAUGAAACUCUGAAGUUGCAGACGAUGGCUUUAGAGAGAAGCCAACGUAAACAAUCAGAAGUCCUUCAUAUACCCGGAGGGGUCCCUCCCCAAAAACCCGGCCCUCUGAGGCGUGAAUCCAGAAUGUGUCACGUGAUGUGAAAUUCACCUGGUGGAACACGUUGAGACCUGGACUCGGACCAGGAAGUGAAACUCCAGAAUCCUACAGAAAUACUUCCUUCUGCCCAUGUGCAGACAGCACUUUUUCUAACAUAAGACUAAAUCAUAAUAGCACUACAUGAUAUUUACAUAUCCUCUGAUCAGAGAGCAGGUCCAGCUGGAAUCUCAGGGAAAGUCCUUUUAGCCUCACCUUCGAAAAAGAGGUGUGGUCAUCAGAACCAGGUUAUGGCUGCCUCUAGGAAAGACAAGGACUAUGCUGUACACAUAAGGCCUAUUUGGGUUUUGUUUGGGCUUCUACACCUCAAUAUACUAUGUUUUCCAUAGUUCUUACUUUGUUCAGAAAACAUAUUGGAAUGGCUUAGAAUGGAUUCUAUGUGCUUAGGUCCUAGGUCACUCAAGGAGCUCGCAACUUCAGAACUCACUUGAGAAUGUUGUUCUGUUUUUGUUUUCAAUCUCUAAGCAGUAUUUGGACUUUUCACUUACGGGUGAAUAUACGAGACCUUGUACUGUACCUACAUAGUAACAUAGUAAGUUAGGUUGAAAAAAGACACAAGUCCAUCAAGUUCAACCUUUUAACCUGCCUAACUGCCAGUUGAUCCAGAGGAAGGCAAAAAAAAACCCAUCCGAAGCCUCUCCAAUUUGCCUCAGAGGGAGAAAAAAUUCCUUCAUGACUCCAGAAUGGCAAUGGGACCAGUCCCUGGAUCAACUUGUAUUACCCUUGCCUACAGCAGCCUUGAAGUGAAUUAGGUGGGACCAAUUUAGCCACUGUGAAUUGCACUGGUUAUAAAAAAGGGGAUACACAUUUCUGAAGGGCCACUAUACACUAUUGUUUGUAUCUUGAAUUGUGCUCAAUACAUGAGAAUACAUAUACAUGCACGGGAUUUGUUAUCCAGAAUGCUCCGGACCUGGAGUUUUCCAGAUAAGGGGUCUUUCCGUAAUUUGCAUCUUCAUACCUUAAAU